AUGAAGAAGCUAUGCGAUACGAUCUCGGAAUUGGCUUCAAGUAUCCUGCCUGAUAACGUUGUCACAAUACAUUGGGGAGACUUCAAUUCCACAUAUAAAGCAUCUUCAUGGCGUGUUUUUGCAGUGCAUAUAGCUAAGGUGGAUACUCUAGAAGAGGGCACACGACACCUAGCCAUUGAGUUUGUGAUCACGCUAGCAGAGGCCAGAGAGAAGGCACCUGGUAUGAUGAGGAAGUUGCCACAGUUUAUCAUCAAGUUUUUCUGCAUUUUAUUGCAGAUGUUGCUGGAUAUCAAGGAUGAACCUGCUUGGCAUACUGCUAAAAAUGAGGACAAUGAUGCAGGAGAGUCAAGUAAUUGCAGUGUUGGGCAGGAGGGCUUGGAUCGUUUGUCUAUUGCUCUAAGUCAGAAUACCAUUGUCCCCGUUGCAUCUGAACAAUUUUCGGCUUACUUGGCUCCCCUAAGUGGUAGAAACAUCAUGUUGCACUUAUCGCUCUUGCGCAUAUAG